AUGGCCAUCACGAAAGCGAGAAAAUCAGUCAAGAGAUCAACUUCCGCCACCGCCGACGCCGGAGCCGGAGCCAGCAGCUCCAUGUCCAUGGCGCCUCCGCCCGUACCAAGUGGGUUGAACGAAGUCAAGCAGCCGCCGCCGCUGCCUCCUGGCGUCUACUUCAACCCGACGAAGGCGGACAGGAUGGGGUUCCUCAACCGGUGGAUCGCCGGCGACGACAAGAUGCCGGACGCGCGGGGGUUCAUCUUCCACGCUGACAUGUACGACAACGACCCCUACGCGCUGCAGCGGCUGCACCCGCCGGCCAGCGCCCGCGACGGCAAGCACACGUGGUGGUUCCUCGGCGAGAGCAAGUUCCAGAGCCCGUGCAGCGCGGCCAAGAACAAGCGCGCCGACCGCAGCGUCCGGACCGGCGGGUUCUGGCGGGUGGAGCAGAGCAAGGAGGAGCUUCGCGAAGAGGGCGGGCGCAAGAACUGCUUCGGUUUCUACUACGUGCCCCCGCCCCCGUCCAAGAAGCGCAAGACGCCGUGGCUCAUGCAGGAGUUCACCAGCGACAUGGACAGGGGCGCCGGCAGGAAGGGCGUGCCCGCGCUCCACAAGCUCUAUGUCACGCCGCGCCCCGAGGGCCUGAGGGAAGUCUACGGGGAGGACGGCCUGACGGAGGGGAAGAAGAAGCCUGUCCCGGCAGACUAUUUCGCCGCGGCCGCCGCGCUGAUGCCGCCGGGUAGUGUCCGUGGUCUCCGGCAAGAGCAAGUUGAGCCGCCACAGGCGUCGGAUCUGCCGCCUUUGCCCUCGCCUCUUCCUCAUUACGGCGGCGAUGACGACGACGACGGCCAAAACUUCAUGGAUGGCAUAAUGUCGUCGGCGGGUCCUCUUCAUUAUGACGACAGCGAGAAGGGACAGAACUCCAUGGGGGCAGCCAGCGUUCUUGGUCAGUACCAGCAGCAGCAGCAUGAUGAGGACGGGCCGGAGGAUAAUUUCAGCAUUCCAAUGGACCAAUUCAUGAAAAUAUUUGACAAGCCAGCGGAGACGGAGGGGGAAGAACCGGCGUGGGACUCUUUGCCGGACAUAGUUGAUCAUGAUGAGUUAGUGAAAUUCAACAAGGAUGCUUAG